AUGACAGCAACGUUAAGCACGUCCCCACGUGCACAACGCGCUGCUCGACGAGGGGAGGCGUCGCGGCUACAGGAGCAGCAGCAGCGUGAGGAGCAGGCAGGACAGGAGGGAGGGGCGGCACUGGGGGCGCUGGCGGAUGGUGUGGCUGACGCUGGGGCAGAGGAAACGGGUUUACGGGAGGAUGCUGCUGCUGUGGAGCCUGGUCUGACGCUGGGGGUGGAGACUGUUGUGGCUGCGGCGGCUGAUUCGACGGGGGUGGAGCGGGUGGCGCGGCCAGCUGCCGAGACUGCUGCCGCCUCUGACGACGGCUUAGUCUCGCCCGCGGCGGCGCGGCCGGCGGCGACGCCACCACCGGCGGACGAGGGUCUGGCUGCGGAGGAGGCACAGGGGGAGCAGGGGCUGGCUGAUCCACUGACGCCAGCAUUGGCAGAAUCCCCGCCAGCUCUCGAGGAGUCUGAGAUUGCGGCGGUCGUGGCUGAGGCAGCGAGGCAACAAGGACAACCCCCGAGCAAAGCGGGCGCGCCGACUGCCGCUGAGUCCGCCGGAACGCCUGCUGCUGCCGGGGCCGUAAACACGCAGGAGCACGGCCAGGCGGAGGGUGGAAUUGAGGGCCCUGCCAACGCCGUGGCUUCCGGCGCCGCCCCGGCGAGGAGGAAGACAAAGCUGCGCGCCCAGCCAGCGCCGAGGCGGCCCGGAGCAGGGCUGGGACCUGGGGCCCCGGGAUCCCUCCUGGGCUGGCUUCGGCAAGGGCAGUCGCCACCAGUGCAAGCGUAUUCGUUGCCAUCAGCGCCACAGCCUGUGGUGGGACCCAGCAUGAGGGGCAACAUUGGCACGUGGCGUGAUCGUCACGACCGUCCAGAGCGUGUGGUUGCGCCUAUGACUGGGGGCGAGGAUGGUUCUGAUAACUCCCAGAAUGGGAGCGAGUUUAUUCCGUCGCACUCUGAGGCAUCGGAGGAGGUCUCGCUGGGCGAUGACGAGAAUCAGAAUGAGUCUGCGCAGAGGCGAGUGGGGAGGGGGGAGCAAGGUGGAGUAGCGGUCAUAGCGUACGCCGACGACAUCACAGUGGUGGGGCCACGGGAGGAUGUGUUCAAUGCCUUCGACGCCAUUGUCACCGAGCUGGCAAAGCGCGGGCUGCGGUGCAACGUGGCGAAGUCAUCGGCGUGGGGACCGCAGGAGGGGGAUGCGGGGCAGACGGGACUGCCACAUGGUCUGCGGAUGAGUUCGGAGGGGAUCAAGCGGGAUCGGCCUGAGAGGACGGAGCGACAGGGUCAGAAGGACGCGUCCGCGGAGGCAACGCCGGAUCCGGAGCAGGAGGAGGGGGCCGCGACGGAGGGACAGGCGGCGCAGACUGCGCCUGCGCAGCCGGCGCACCCUGUUGGGAUGACACGGACUGCGACGGAGGUGGAGGGAGUUGCAACGGGUGGGACUGGGUGGCAGGAGCUUGAGGCUGGGGUCGAUGACGAGCCUGGCCGGACAGCGGCGGGCGAGGGGGGCGGCGGCGACGGAAGGAAGGACCGCGCGCGCGGAGAAACGGAUGAGUGCGCCCGUGGGGGGAGCGGUACACAGGCUCCCUUGGUCGAGCAGGCGCCAUCGGGGGCGCAGAGGGCGCGGCGCCAACACCCGCAGUCAGGCAGUCCGCGACGGCUCGGAACAGGGCUGGCACCUGCCCGCCCGGGGCCGCUGGUAGGGUGGGCGCAGCAGGUGAUCCUGCCGCCACAAUCACUUCACGACGAGGUGGCCGGCGGCGGCCCGUCAUCAGGCACAAGGAGAACCGACGUAAACGGGCACCACGAUACGACCGGGCAAACGGAGAUCGCGGCGGAUGAGGCGGCCGCGACGGAAGAGGAUGCCCAAGUGACGGCCCUGGAUCGCCGUCGAGUGGGGACGGCGCGGCAGAGACUGCUACGCGAACGCGCAGCAGAGGCAGCGGGGGGAACCCCGCCGGCUAGAGCGAGAGGAGCAGAACCUCCCGCCUCGAGAGGCCGCGGAGGACGGGGAGCGCGGGGGCGGGGGGGUCUGGCGGCGGCGGUGGCUAGGGAGAAGGCCAGAUCUGGAACUUGGCGGGAAAGACACGGGAGGCCUGAGAGACAAAGGGGAGAAGAGCCAAUGAAUGACGACCAGGAAGAUGGGGACGAGGACUAUAUGGAGGAGGAGCAAGGUGACUCGGAGGAUGCAUCACUCGAGGAUGAGGGGGCUAUCCCGGGUAACAGGGCAAAUCGGAGGGCACAGAUGGGGGGAAACGAGGCUAACACCAACGAGGCUGAGUCACGUGGCGUUCCCCCCAACGAGGCAGCCAGCAAGGCACAAUCGCCAGCAGACAUAGCAGCUGACUCGGAUGCCUGGCGACAGUUCCGAGCUGCGCUGGGGCGUGGAGAAUUCUACACUUCCUGCCGAGGCUGA